AUGAGAAGGCGCACGAGGGCGGGCGGCGACCCCGCCAGCGGCGAACGGCAGCAGCCCCACAGCAUUGCGUCACUGCUGCAGGGCGCGACAUUCCUCGGCAGCGAUGAGGGGCGCGCGCUGCUGCGUGGGCUUGGCGUCGACCCGCAGAGUGCCGCGGCGUGGCACAAGCCGGCAG